AUGAUGGGAUACGGCGGGCAUCCUUUUCACCCGCAACAGCAGCAGACGCAACAACCGCAACAGCCCCAACAUCCUACUACCCAGUCUCAACAUCCUCUAGGCCCGCAGCAACGCCAGCACGUUCAAUCCCCGUCGCUGGGUGCCGCGCCGAAUCUGCCCCAACAUGGCAGUCCCUUCCCUGGCAACAAGCCCCUCUAUCGCUCGCAGCCGCAGCCGCACUUUCCCACCGCGCAAUCUCCUGACCUACGCAAGAUGACUCCGACCUCGUCAGGACCGUUAGCCGGAUACCCCACCACCAGCUUUGCUCAAUUCCCGGGUCAGUUUGCGCCGCAGGGCUCGCCCGAUCUUAUGUCUCGCAACUCGGAUCCGAUGGCCCUGCAUCAUAUACAACGAGGUUUUAAUCCUAUGGCCCCCUUCCGACCGCAGCCGGGGAUGAGUCCGCCGACGGCCAUGCCCCAUGCGCCAGGUAUGAAUGUGUCGUCACCGCAGCAGUCAUUGGACCGACUUCCGCAUUCCGGUAUCCAUCAACGCGAAACUCAUCCGUCGGUGAGCCCCUCGAUGGCCAGUCCGUCGAUGUUUGCGAUCAAUCAGCAGCGACCCCCGCCAUCACAGCCCCAAUCGCCCCAGCAGACCCACGCGCAUCAAAGACAACAGCAGCAUCAAUUCCAGCAGCAGCAACAGGAGAUUCUCCAGCAACAGCGUCUUGAGCAGCAAAAGCAGAUACAGCAGCAACGGAUCGAGCAACAGCAGCGCAUGGAGCAAAAGCAACUCGAGCAACUCGAGCAGCAACAAAAGAUGGAGCAGCAGAGGCGCCUAGAAGAGCAGCAGCAGCAACUCGAGCAACAGAGAUUGCAGAAGCUGCAACAAGCCCACGCCCAGAACCCCUAUCAGCAGCAGUCUCCUUAUGCGCAGCAUUCCCAGCCUCCAUUUCACCCAUCUCAGUAUCCAUCACAACCUCAUUCGCACGCCCAGUUUGCACAGCAUCAGUCGCCCUUUUCCCAGGCACCGCAACAGUCUCAAUUCCAGCAUUACCAGCCCACGUCACAGCCCCCGGGAAUGCCUUCUUCGCAGCCUUCCCCGAUUCCGCCCGCGGCAACCAGCGCAAAAACCGCUGUCAAACCUGACCAGCAGAGCCCUGCGCCGAAAAGGAAAGGCAAGCCCCGCAAGUCUGCUGCGUCUCAGGCCCAAGCCGCUGCUCAGCCUCUUCCCCAAGGGACCGUUCCCGAUGCCGUUUCUCAUGCUACCUCCCAGCUCAACGGGCAUGGAGAGCUGCCCGGCGUCCCUCUGGCUGGAGGAGAGCAAGGAGUCGAUCAAACAACUGACACGCCGCGUCGUCGUCGUGGUCGGCCACGCAAGGAAGAAAUCGCCGCUAAAGCUGCGGCCCAAGCUGCCCAGGGCAUUCAAUCGGAUCAGCCAAUUCCAGGGACUCCGCAGCAGGGACAACCCUCGUUCAACCCAUCUAUAACCUCGAAUACCCCAGGUUCAGCCGGAGUUCCGAACUCAGGAGCACCGCAAGCGCCUCUCCUGGGUCCAGACGGGACACCGCUUCCUUUGAAGCGAAAACGCGGUCGUCCUCGCAAAGCGGACCAGAUUGCGUGGGCGGCUGCCACGGGUCAGCCCUUGCCAACCCCCAAACCGAGAAAGCCUCCCUCCUCCACAGGGAAGCCCAAAAAGGCCGGCACAGGUCGUCCACGGGGAAGGCCUCGCAAAGCUGAUGUUGCGGCAGCCGCCGCCGCAGCAGCAGCAGUUGAGGACCAGGUUUCGGCUGAAGGUCAGCCUCAUACAGGCGAAAUGGUGGAUGUACAAGCCCAAAAACGCACGGCCCCCAUCAUGGACGAAGAAUCACACAAACGGCCCUGUCCAACACCGCCGCAGCCACACCCGACUCAGGCCUUGCCACAAAAUGGGCAUGCUUUGUUCUCACAAGGCGGACCAUUGCAUCCACCGCCGAGUCAGCCUUUGCAACCCCCCGGCCAGCCUCUAUCGAUGCCCUCGCAUAUGCAAGUGCACCAACAGUCUCCUGUACAUCCUCCCCGCCCGCUCCCUCCCCACUCAUACAUGCAACAUCCGAUGCCGCCUCCUAUGCAGCCGCAACAGCCUGUUCAUGGGCAUCCACCUGUACCGGUCCACGCCCAAGGUCAACCCCAGAUGCAGCAGCAGUCCCGGGUGGCGCCAGCACCUACGCCACAGCAUCAGCACCAGCACACGUUCCAGAUCCAGUUGCAACCUCAACCGACCUAA